AUGGAUCUUCCAGAAACAUCUCUCUGGUGGACACAACAAAAUCAUCAACAACAACAACCUAUGAUGUUACUAGAACCAAUCCAAACCACUCCUUGGCCACUCCACCACCACCAACCCCCAUGGUUCACUUCACAAAUCCACGAAAACGACGAUGAACAAGUAGAAAACGACACCCCCGUUGUAACAAAACCCGAAGACGAAAAAGAACCAAUGUUCGAGAAACCAUUAACACCAAGCGACGUAGGAAAACUCAACCGUCUGGUUAUCCCAAAGCAAUACGCGGAAAGAUACUUCCCACUCGGCGGUGGUGCUGACUCGGCCGAGUGCAAGGGUUUGUUACUGAGUUUCGAGGACGAGUCAGGGAAGUGUUGGCGAUUCCGUUACUCGUAUUGGAACAGUAGUCAAAGCUACGUGUUGACUAAAGGUUGGAGUCGUUAUGUGAAAGAUAAGCGUCUCGAUGCUGGCGACGUCGUUUUGUUUGAACGACACCGUGUUGAUAGUCAGCGGCUUUUUAUCAACUGGAGGAGGAGGAAUGGGAAUGAUGAGUCAGCGUAUGUUAGCAGAGGGGUGGGACAACAAGGGAAGGGGACUGAUAAGAAUGAAGUUGUAGGCGUGGGUGUUGGGUGGUCCAGAGGAUUCUAUUCUGCGCACUUGCCUUAUCCUACGCAUCACCAUCAUCAUCAUCAGGUUUUGCCAUACCAACAUGAUCAUUGUCUUCAUGCAGGUAGAGUAUCCCAAGGACAGAACCAAAGGACGAAACCGGUAGGAAACAGUUCAAGUUCAAGAGUACUUAGGUUGUUUGGUGUUAACAUGGAAUGCCAACCAGAACAUGAACAUGAACACGAUUCUUCUUCAACACCUCAAUGUUCUUAUGAUACUAACAACAACAAUAAUAUGUCAUUAACACAAUAUCAUCAACCUAAUACUUCUAAUUCUAACCCUCACGUGGUACGUCACCAACCAUAUUAUUACUAG